AUGGCCCGGAGAGCUCUCAAUCAAAAUCAGUCAUUUCCUCACAUUGACUUUUGUUUUCUCUCCAGUCAAAGAGAUGCCAGCGCCACUGCCAUGGCGUCGCCACCAAGCACCCGAGCUACUCGUGGUCGAGGGCGGCCACGAAAUCAAGACGUUGAUUCGGUGGCUGCAUCCUGGAAUGACGAAGACGUGCGUGUGCUCUUCGAGCUCAGGUACAAGACGAUGGCCGCGUGGUUUGAAGGAGCAAAGACCUCAAAGCAAGUCAACGAAGCCUGGUCGCUGGUAGCGAUUCAGCUGUGUGUCAACAGGGUGAAGGUGUUCACGGCGACGCAGUGCCGAGCUAAGAUGCGGACGCGCUGGACGGCGACUCGCCGACGUGCAAUGGAGACUAGAAAUCGACCUGCACCCCGCGCGCCCAAGCGCAUGGACGUGAUGACCGAGUACUAG